AUGGAGACGAAGGCGGCAAACAAACAAAGAGAGGCUACCGGAGGUAUCAAGUGGUACAACCUGGAGAAGGAAAAAGGCGAUGCAUUCAUCUCUGUUAUGAGAAAUUAUCUGUGCGAGACCACCAGCAGAUUACAAAACGAAGAGUGCAGACUUAUCGUUGAAAUUAACAGUCAAGUAGCAUUAUUUCGAGAUAUGCUGAUUCAUGUUGGCCAAUCAAAAGACUGUCCGGAAUUACGUGAAAAAAUUCGAAAAUUACGAAGAUCCUGCAUUGAAGCCUGCAAACAUACGGUGCAGGUAAUCAUGCCUCAAGUUAAAAGUGCCGUUGCUGAUGGCAUCUUAACAGACAAUCCACAUCUCGUCCUGCUAUUCUAUCUGUCACAGUUAUUUUUACGGGAAUUAGUUAAGAGCUACCGUCUUAUACAAGUCGUACCAAUGGAUAUGUCUGGAUAUUAUGAAAACCGUGCUGGCCCGUCGAAUCUUGGCAACGUAAUAAGUCAAAUUCUACUUUGUAAACAAAUAACACCCGAUUUCAAUCAGGAAGAAUUGUGUAGUAUAACAAAGGACUCACAGGAAAUUGCUAUGCUGCUGGCAGAAAUGCAAGAAUACAUGCCUCAACAUGAAACGUAUCUGGAAAUGGAAAAGGAGAGUACUUUGGUUGUUUGUUUGUUGUAA